AUGAGCGACGACUUUGUGCGGCUGGUGUCGCAGGCGAACCCGGCGUCGGGCUCGAACGGCGGAUACGCGCGCGCAGGGACCGGCGGGACAGCCUACCCGCCCUCGCAGCAACUGAUGGACCCGUUCUUCGACGACGAGGACGAGCUGCCCGACUCGGCGUUCGGGCCGGGGACGCGGGGGGUGAACGCGGGGAUGGAGAGCAAGGAGAGCUUCGGUGCGCCGCUCAAGAGCAACGCCGCCCCGAUCGCCGGCGCGGGUCAGAGCAAAGUCUCGCUCGGCGGACAGCCACAGGGCUGGAAUUUCGACGACGAGGACGUCGCGGUGCCGACGUUGCCGACGGUCGCGCCGCAUGCGCAGCCGAAGACGGCGAAGAAGAGGAGAAAGGGCGGGCUGUUGAACGUGAAAUGGCCGUGGGCGAAGGAGGAGAAGCUAGAGGGCGAGCGCGUCGUUGCGCUCAAUACACCAGGCGCUGGCGCCGAGUUUAUACACAACGGCGUCAGCACCAGCAAGUACAACGUCGCGACAUUCGGACCCAAAUUCCUAUUCGAACAGUUCAGCAAAUACGCCAACCUGUUCUUCUUGUUUACUGCUUGUAUACAGCAGAUCCCCGGUGUCAGUCCGACGAAUAGGUGGACGACUAUCGCACCCCUUGCAGUCGUGCUGCUCGCCAGUGCGUUCAAAGAGGUCCAAGAAGACUUGAAACGACACGCAUCCGACUCUGAACUCAACGCGCGCAAAGCAAAGGUCCUCACACCAACCGACACCUUCGACGAGCGCAAAUGGCGCGACAUCCAAGUCGGCGACGUCGUCCGCCUCGAGAACGACGACUUCAUCCCCGCAGACGUCAUCCUCCUCGCCUCCUCCGAACCCGAAGGCUUCUGCUACAUCGAGACCUCCAACCUCGACGGCGAGACGAACCUCAAGAUCAAACAGGCCAGCCCCCAAACGUCCAGCCUCACCGCCCCGCGCCUCGUCAACGCCCUCCGCGGCAACCUCCGCUCGGAACAGCCGAACAACAGCCUGUACACGUACGAAGGGACACUCGAUCUUGUUGCGGCGAACGGCGGCGCAAAGCAGGUUCCUCUCGGGCCGGAUCAGAUGUUGUUGCGCGGUGCUCAGAUCAGGAAUACGCCUUGGGCUUAUGGAUUGGUCGUGUUCACUGGCCACGAAACGAAGCUUAUGCGGAAUGCGACGGCGGCGCCGAUCAAGCGUACUGCGCUUGAGAAGCAGGUCAACGUCCAGAUCGUGUUCCUCUUCGGCUUGUUGCUCGCGCUGUCCAUCGGAAGCACUAUUGGGAGCAGUAUCCGUACUUGGUUCUUCUCGCAGAAGCAAUGGUACCUGCUGGAGUCGAACUCGCUGAGCGGUCGUGCCAAGGGAUUCAUCGAGGAUAUCCUAACCUUCAUCAUCCUCUACAACAACCUCAUCCCCAUCUCCCUAAUCGUAACCAUGGAAGUAGUAAAAUUCCAACAAGCAGCUCUCAUCAACUCCGACCUCGACAUGUACUACCCGAAAACCGACACCCCAGCCCUCUGCCGCACCUCCUCCCUCGUCGAAGAGCUCGGCCAGAUCGAAUACGUCUUCUCCGACAAGACCGGCACGCUCACGCGUAACGAGAUGGAGUUCCGAUGCUGCUCCGUCGCGGGCGCUGCAUAUGCCGAUAGCGUCGAUGAAUCACGGUUGGCCGCGGCGCAGGAGGAGGGCAAAGAGCCGUGGCGGACGUUCGCGGACAUGAGGGGCUUUUUGGAGGGAGGCGCGGAGAACCCGUUUUUGGAUAUGGAGAGCGCCGGCGUGGGCAAGGCGAUUGGGGACGCGAGGGAGAGGGAGGUCGUCAAGGAGUUCUUGACGUUGUUGGCGGUCUGCCAUACGGUCAUUCCGGAGGUCAAGGAUGGGAAGAUCAAGUACCAGGCGAGCAGUCCGGACGAGGCUGCGCUCGUCGAGGGCGCGGAGUUGCUUGGGUUCCAGUUCCAUACGCGCAAGCCGAAGAGCGUAUUCGUCAAGAUCCUCGGCGUCGACGAAGAAUACGAGAUCCUCAACGUCCUCGAAUUCAACUCGACCCGCAAACGCAUGAGCACGCUCGUCCGCGGCCCGGACGGCAAGAUCAAGAUCUACUGCAAAGGCGCCGACACCGUCAUCCUCGAGCGCCUCGCGCCGAACCAGCCCUACACCGACCGCACGCUCGCCCACCUCGAAGAAUACGCCACCGAGGGUCUCCGAACACUCGCCAUCGCCUACCGCGAAGUCCCCCAGUCCGAAUACGCGCAAUGGAGCGCGGUGUACGAUCAAGCUGCCGCGACUAUCAACGGACGUGGUGAAGCGCUCGACAAAGCCGCCGAGAUCAUCGAGAAGGAUCUGUUCUUGCUCGGCGCGACGGCUAUCGAGGACAAGCUGCAGGAAGGCGUACCCGAUACGAUUCACACGCUCCAACAGGCCGGGAUCAAGGUCUGGGUUCUCACGGGCGACCGACAGGAGACGGCCAUCAAUAUCGGGAUGAGUUGCAGGCUUAUCACGGAGAGCAUGAACCUGGUCAUUAUCAAUGAGACGACGAUGCCGGAUACGAAGGAUACGCUUGAGAAGAGGCUGAGCGCGAUCAAGAGCCAGAGGAGUACGGGCGAGUUGGAAGAUCUUGCGCUGAUCAUUGACGGCAAGAGUCUGGGAUACGCGCUGGAGAAAGAGAUCGCCCCCAACUUCCUCGAACUGGCCAUCAUGUGUAAAGCCGUUGUCUGCUGCCGCGUCUCUCCGCUCCAGAAAGCGCUCGUCGUCAAGCUCGUCAAGAAGAACAUGAACGCUUUGCUGCUAGCCAUCGGAGACGGCGCGAACGACGUCAGCAUGAUCCAAGCCGCGCACGUCGGUAUCGGUAUCUCCGGUGUCGAAGGUCUACAAGCGGCUCGGAGUGCGGACGUCGCGAUCAGCCAGUUCAGGUUCUUGAAGAAGCUGUUGUUGGUACACGGAGCGUGGAGUUAUCAGCGGCUGAGUAAGCUCGUGCUGUACUCGUUCUACAAGAACAUUACGCUGUACAUGACGCUCUUCUGGUACUCAUUCUUCAACAACUUCUCCGGCCAAGUCGCCUUCGAAUCCUGGACACUAUCUAUGUACAACGUCCUCUUCACCGUCCUCCCACCCCUCGUCAUCGGCGUCUUCGACCAGUUCGUCUCGGCCCGUAUACUCGACCGAUACCCGCAACUCUACAUGCUCGGCCAGAACAAUGCAUUCUUCACCAAGACGCAGUUCUGGCUGUGGGUCGCCAACGCGUUCUAUCACUCGUUGGUGCUGUUCGCGUUCAGCAUCGUGCUUUUCUGGGGCGAUUUGAAGCAGAGCGAUGGGCUGGAUGGAGGGCUUUGGUUUUGGGGUACGAUGUUGUACCUUGCUGUACUGCUCACGGUGCUCGGGAAGGCGGCGCUUGUAUCAGAUUUGUGGACGAAGUACACGGUCGCCGCCAUCCCUGGAGCAUUCGCCUUCACGAUGUGCUUCUUGCCCUUGUACGCCGUCGUUGCGCCCGCCAUCGGCUUCUCGCUUGAACUGCUCAACUUGGUCCCGCGGUUAUGGACGGACGGCGUCUUCUACUUCAUGGUGUUGCUGGUGCCACUUGUCUGCCUCUCCCGCGACUUCGGGUGGAAAUACUACAAACGGACGUACAUGCCAGCAUCGUACCAUAUCGCACAGGAGAUCCAGAAGUACAACAUCCCCGACUACCGGCCGCGGCAAGAACAAUUCCAGAAAGCGAUCCGCAAAGUCCGCGCCGUGCAACGGAUGCGGCGGAAUCGCGGCUUCGCGUUCUCGCAGACAGAGAACCCGGCGAGGCAAGACCAGCAACGGUUGAUUCGCGCGGCUACCGAUGUCUUCAUCAGGAGGCCGCCUCGUGUCCUAGCGGCAGUGCGAAUAAAGUGCUAUCCCGAUACCGGCGCCGCCUCGAAUGGCGCGAAGAACUCGCUCGUCUACCAAACCUUCGAUCAAGCGCUACGAAAGUGA